GGCUAAUGUGUGUCCUAUGCAUAAAUACCGCACCUCCAGUGUCACCCUUGCAUCUAUUCUUGCAUGAUAGAUAGCUAGUUGAAUCAGCUGAGGUAGGCGGGGUUAGCUUCAGAGUAGGGGAGGACCACUCCGUCGUGAGGGGAUUAUGGCAGGACUGACGGCGCGAGCGGAGCACUGGAGAUUGAGGAGAAAAUAUAAAUACAGAAGUCUGAGCCGGGACACUGUCUGACAGACAGACUCAUCAACAACAACAUGGGGGAUCCAAGAAACGCAGGGGAGAAUAUCACUUCUCAUAAGCUCAUCAGCUCCUACUUCAUUGGGCCAAGGGCUGAGAAUAUGGAAGAUUUUGAAACCAAUAUCGCCGCCAUCCUGGCAAAGAUCAAAAACACUAGACUCAGCUAUCAACCCAACACAGAUGGACAGGAGGAUGUUUUCAUUUCCAACGAGACCCGCACAAAGCUCAAGCCAAUAAGGGAUAAUUUCACGGCUGCAGUCGGCCAGGCUGCCGAAACCCUGGGAAAACAAUCAAUACCCUUCUGGCAUCCUCGGUACCAGGGCCACAUGUGUACAGACAUGACGAUGCCUGGUCUUCUGGGUUACUUUAUGACCAUGAUUUACAGCCCAAACAAUGUCGCCGUAGAGGGAGGUCCUUUCACUACUGUCGUUGAGCUAAGAGUGGGAAAGCAAUUGUGUAACAUGGAUAUGCCUCUCUCCUGGGGUCACAUUACAUGUUAUGGGACUGUAGCCAAUCUUGAAUCCAUCUGGGUUGCACGUAAUCUAAAGUUUUAUCCUCUCAGCCUGUAUCAUGCUAUGAGAGAGGGACCUCUUGGGUUUAUCGCUGACGAUUUCUGGGUCAACACAUGUGUUGGAGAAGAGAAGCUAUUCAAAGAUCUCGGCGUCUGGGAAUUGCUCAACCUGCGUCCCGAACAAAUCUUGGAUAUGGGAGAAGCUCUCUAUCAGCAGUUUGGGAUUACUUCCAAAUAUCUUGAGGAGGCUCUGAAGCCAUUCAGCAUUCAGACAACUGGAAAAGACGUGCUGGAAAACGAGUUCCGUAUCAAGAAGCCGGCCAAGUAUUUGCUCGCUCAGACACGGCAUUACUCAUGGCCGAAAGGCGGUGCAAUUGCCGGCAUUGGGUCUGCAAAUAUGCAGGGCGUGGAGGUCGAUAUGGAAGGUCACAUUUCUCUUGAUGCCUUGGAAAAGGAGCUUAAUCACUGCCUUGAACAACGGCAAGCUGUGUAUGCCGUGGUAGCUGUUAUUGGAACAAUUGAAGAAGGUGCAGUUGAUCAACUGCAUGACAUCUUGGCUAUGCGUCGAAGGUUCCAGGACAGGGGGCUGUCAUUCCUAGUGCAUGCCGACGCUGCCUGGGGUGGGUACUUUGCAAGCAUGAUCCCCCGGGAAAGAAUGAACUUGGCAGGACCUAUCCAGCAAAGGGACAGGGAAGAGGCGGUUCAGAAAAAUCCUCAACUGCCUUUGAGAGAGGACACGCUGAAAGACUUGAUUGCGCUAAGAGAAGCCGAUACCAUUACGGUCGAUCCCCACAAGGCGGGCUACAUCCCCUAUCCAGCGGGAAGUUUAUGUUAUCGGGAUGACCGCAUGCGGUUUUUUGUCACUUGGACCAGUCCAUAUUUGACUCAGGGCUCUAUGGAGAAUAUUGGAGUUUAUGGUGUAGAGGGCAGCAAGCCCGGUGCGGCUGCCAUGGCAGCUUGGAUGUCUAACCAGACAAUUGGUCUAGAUCCUACGGGAUAUGGCCGUCUUUUGGGCGAGGCAGCCUUUACUAGUGCGCGGUUGUCUGUCUGUUAUGCUGCCAUGCAUGCAGGGAAUCCUCUCCAUAACCGAAAAUACAUCAUCGUACCCUUCAACCCGUUGCCAAAGGAGAAGGAAGGCUUCGAUUGUUUGUCCGGCGAGGUUGACGUCGAACGCAGGAAGGUACUCGAUUGUAUCAUCAACAGGACUGAGGCCGACAUUGAGAGGGAGGGCUGGGAUGCUCAUUUGCCUUGGCUGCGACAGAUCGGAUCAGAUCUCAACAUCAAUGCCUUCGCAAUUAACUGGUAUCGGAGUGAUGGCACACUAAAUAGAGACUUGGAAGAAGCCAACUAUCUGAUGAGGCGGGUGGUGAAUAGACUUUCCAUCACCUCUACCAGAGGAGAUCCUCAGAGAGUACCGCUGUUUCUAACUUCAACGCAGUUUGAACCAGCUAUGUAUGGCCAAUGCGCCCAAAAUUUCAUGCGGCGUCUAGGAUUGGAUGCCUGCGAUCAGGACCUCUGGGUUAUAAGAAACGUUGAUACUUUCGAAAAGGAGAUUAUCGAGGGAGUGGACUGGUGUCGCAAGCGAAACAGUCUUGAAGAUAAGAAAAUAACGUUCCUUCUCCGGGGAACCGACAAAAUCUUCCUUGAUUUCCAGACGAGCUUCCACGCAGCGACCCAACGCCAGCAAAUUAUCUUGGAAGCCACGCUGAUGCCAAAGAACACUGAUUUGGCGUCCAGCAAUGAUGCAAAGAUGAAAGUAAAUAACGAUUUCAUUGAUCUGAAGAGGAAAAACCCAGAUAAGGUCUUUGCAUUUGAAUCGAGCAGCACCGUGAAUCUAGAAGCGCUGAUCAAAGGAAUUGAGGAAGGACCGCGAAUUGUUGGAGGUUCGAUUAGUGCCCCUGGCCUUGAUCCAGAAUCGACUAUUGAAUGCCGCAUGGAGAUGAAGCGGGUUGUCAUAAGCCGUCCUUUGAAUUCAACCAAUCGCGACGACCAUUACCCACGACACCUUAUGCCAUUUUAUCUAUAUGGCUCGCAAAAUGAAUUUCAUAUCUCACAUAUGCUGCUCCAAGCACCAAAUGUGAAUUUGUCUGCCUGCGGCGUUACCUUCACCGAAGCCUUGCCUCAAAGAGUGCUCGCUCUGCUGGAACGUAGAGCUCUGAUCCUCACAUUGACCGAGUACCGUGAGGAAACAAUGCAUCCACUCCCAGAGACAAACAGUGCUAUUCUCGAGAACGAUAAUUUUUUCUUCCGCCCCGGACAAAGGUUUCAGGUAAAGAUCUUUGAAGAUCAUAAGGAGCCUAAUGCAAAAGGCCCGGGAUUGAUUGACAACCUCCGUUUUCCAAUUGCACGAGAGGAGAUGACGCUAAACAGUGAUGUUCACGUCGAUGUAGAGGCUCUGAACAAGGAUCCUCUGGAAGAAGAGCAAGUAGGUACUUCGUGGGAGUCUGAGUUGGACCAAGUCAGAGAAGUCUUGAAUUAUGGACACGUUGCGGCAAUGAAUGCUGCUAAUGCUGCUAUUGCUGCUAAUGCUGGAGGUGCUGAAUGUGAUGAAAGUGAUUAA